UCAACAUCCACCGCACCAUACGUAGCCAUCUUAUCUGCAAUUCUCGUAGAAUGGGGGCUGGGCGUGAAGUGGUGAUAUUGCUGGACGGAGUAAGGGACAAGAACGUGAUGCAGCUUAAGAAGCUUAACACUGCCCUCUUCUCCGUCCGAUACAACGAUAAGUACUACGUUGAUGCUCUCGCUUCCGGUGAAUUCACCAAGCUUGCAUAUUAUAGUGACAUCUGUGUUGGAUCUAUUGCUUGCCGCCUGGAAAAGAAGGAAGGUGGGUCUGUCCGUGUUUACAUCAUGACAUUGGGUGUGUUAGCACCAUAUCGUGGGCUAGGCAUUGGUACAAGGCUGUUGAACCAUGUUCUGGAUCUCUGUGCCAAGCAAAACAUAUCAGAGAUUUACUUGCAUGUGCACACACAUAACGAAGAUGCCAUCAACUUUUAUAAGAAAUUUGGUUAUGAAAUCACAGAGACCAUCAAGAAUUACUAUACAAAUAUUGACCCACCUGACUGCUUUGUUCUUUCCAAGACCAUAUCUCAGUCUCAACAGAAAAGGUGGCAUGUUAAAGCUAUACUCAUGCGUACACACGCAUUAUUGCGUAUACUCCUGUCUUGUUUCCUGAAUUUUAUUACUAGGGAUUAUUGAGGUUACAAGGAUGUAAUAGUGCUUUCAGCUUCUACAACGUGCCGUACCAUUUGAUUGCUUAUACUUGUUAAUACUCUUUCUUCAUUCAUAUUCUUGAAAAUUUUGUCACCAAGACCAAAUGGCUCAAAGAGCUUGAACCUUUGAGUAUGAGUCUUACAUCCACGUCCCGAAGGGGCAAUUACAACAGUGGCUUAAAUUUGCAAUUGAUCCUUGGCAAAGCUUAGAUACACAUCAAAACAAGAAAACCGUUGGUUGGUG